AUGACUAACUUGUCGACAAAGCUGGCCCAGCUGGAAGAAUCCGGGAGCCCGAUUCAAGUAGGAAUUAUCGGUGCAGGUAAAUUUGGAUCUAUGUUCAUCUCACAGUCGCACCGAACCACAGGCAUUCGACUGGCCGGUAUUGCAGACCUCUCUGCGCAGCGGGCAUUAGAUGCUUUGAAGAAGACAGGAUUUCCAGAAGAUAGAUAUGACAUAUCUGCAACUCUCUCUAUCGAAGAUGGAAUAAAGUCAAAUAAGACAGCAAUCACCACCGACUCGGCGCAGUUGAUUGCGACUCCUGGGAUCGAUGUGAUUCUGGAAGUAACAGGAAACCCCGCAGCAGGUGUGCGGCAUGCUCUGAUGUGCUGUGAGCACAAGAAGCACAUUGUAAUGAUCAAUGUGGAAGCCGAUGUUCUCGCCGGUCCGUUGUUGACUCGCAAGGCCAAAGAAGCGGGGAUCAUUUAUUCAAUGGCAUAUGGGGAUCAACCUGCUCUUAUUGCAGAGAUGGUUGAUUGGGCCAGAACAGCUGGAUUCAAUGUUGUUUGUGCUGGCAAAGGAACGAAACAUCUACCCCAAUAUCACUAUUCCACGCCCGACACCAUCUGGACUCACUAUGGCUUUACUGAAGAGCAGCUUACUUCGGGAGAUUUUAACCCACAGAUGUUCAACUCAUUCUUGGAUGGAACGAAGUCGGCACUCGAGAUGUCCGCUGUUGCGAAUGGAUGCGACCUCAGCCCACCCACAAACGGCCUAGAAUUCCCACCCUGUGGUACCCAUGACUUGCCAAACGUACUGAAGCCCAAGUCAGAGGGAGGUCAGCUUGAAAAGUAUGGCACUGUGGAAGUUGUGUCUUGCCUAGAAAAGGAUGGCCGAGCCGUGUUCAACGAUUUGAGGUGGGGAGUUUACGUUAUAAUUGAAGCUCCGGGGCCAUAUCAACGUGACUGUUUCGCUCAAUACGGUCUCAAGACUGAUAGCACUGGCCGUUUUGCCGCUCAGUUCAAGCCUUAUCACCUAAUCGGCCUCGAGUUGGGCAUCUCCAUUGCCACCAUCAUGUGCAGGGGAGAGCCUACCGGUCAGUGCAAGACUUUUGCAUCAGACGUUGUGGCUACUGCGAAGCGAGAUAUCAAGGUUGGCGAAAAGCUAGACGGCGAGGGCGGAUUUAUGGUAUACGGUAAAUUGAUGCCAGCUGAAGAUUCACUUGCCAUCGAGGGUCUGCCAAUUGGCUUGGCUCAUGGAUUGGUUCUGAAGCGAAAUGUUCAGAAAGACGAAGGGCUUAGCUGGCAGGACGUGGAAUUUAGCGAAAAGUCACAAGCUGUGGCUAUUAGACGCGAAAUGGAAGCGAUCUAUCGUGAGGAGUUCAGGUCGAAGACCAAAGUCACUAAUGGGGUGCACUAA